AUGGAUGAGGUCAGUCCUUUUGCGGAGCUAUUGGGACAGCUCAUCUACCAAUAUACGAGCAUCAAGCCCUUCCUACCAACAUACGGACAUCUGCUCGUCUCAGCUCUCUUCCCAAUCUUUAUCGGUGCACACGCAUCCUUAUCGAGACCCUCAUCGGCCGCCAAACCACCUAAAAGAGAUGAAUCAAACACUUCGAGCGACACAGACAAUGAGGAGGAGGACGAAGAAGAAGGACAGGGUCCGGUCCAGAAGAUGGAAGGCCUUGAACCCUCAGAUGCAUUGAUGUUCCCUUUGACCGCUGGCCUGACCCUUGGUGGUUUGUACUUGAUCAUCAAAUGGUUGGGAGACCCGGCGAUAUUGAACAAGAUUCUGAGCUUCUACUUUUCUCAGAUGGGAAUAUUCUUCGCCGUCGCGUUCCUGAAGGACUGUCUCUUGGUCUUUCGAUCUUUCGUGUUCCCUCGGCGCUAUCGGUACGCUGGCAGGAUUUGGAAGGCGAAGCAGUCGGAAGGCGCAUUCAUAGCUGAACAACAGGAAUCCGCUGGUUCGAAGGCGAUUCAACCCCGUCGUUCUCCUCUUCCAAGCAUUCUCGGCUCGAUUCCUCUGCCUGGUACUCUAAAUAAAGCUCUUUGGGCGUGUCGGAACGUUGCAUAUAAGAGAGUGAAGGUUCGGGCUCAUGUGCGCGGCAUCUUCACUGGCGAAUGUUUGAUUGGACUGCUGGAUAUUAUCAGUGCUGUGCUGGCGUUGUCCGCUGUUGGAUACUUUGCAUUCGUGAUGAAGCCAUGGUGGCUAACGAACUUUCUCGGAUUCAGCUUCUGCUACGGUGCGCUGCAAUUCAUGUCGCCAUCAACGUUCACAACCGGAUCACUUAUCCUGAGCUCGCUCUUCCUCUAUGACAUCUACUUUGUCUUCUAUACCCCAUUGAUGGUGACGGUCGCUACGAAGUUGGAUGUACCUAUCAAAUUGCUGUUCCCUCGCCCUCCGGCUCCCGGAGAGGCCCCCGAUGCCAUCUCUCUAGCCAUGUUGGGACUGGGGGACAUUGUCAUUCCUGGUAUGAUGGCGGGUCUGGCACUACGAUUUGACCUUUUCCUUUACUACAAGAAGAAGGGAGUCGAAAAGGCGCGAUUGGAAGGCAAGGGACAGGAACUUGUCAAGUCCCAAUAUCAAUCUGCCACUGGCGGCUGGGGUGAACGCUUCUGGGCUUGGUCAGCUGCGCCCCGCAAACUUGAGCUCGAGCCUCCCUAUCAGGACGCCAAAUCCUUUCCCAAACCGUAUUUCAAAGCGAGUUUGGUUGGUUAUAUUGCUGGAAUGAUUUCAACGCUUGCUGCCAUGCAAUAUUCCAAUCAUCCCCAGCCGGCUCUGCUUUACCUAGUACCUGGAGUACUAUCGUUCCUGUGGGGAACGGCGCUUAUCAGGGGAGAGCUUCACGACAUGUGGGAGUUCUCUGACGCUGAAGAGAGCGAAGAGGAGCCCGCAGAAGAAAGGGAGGGAAAGAAGGAGGAGGAGAAGCAGGACGAGCCUCCUUCAAAGAAUACAAAGAGCCUGUUCAUGCGCAUCUUGUCCGGUGACAUUGCGGCGUUUUACUCAGAGGCUCCUGACUCUAAAGAAAAGGCGGAGCAAAAUUCCAAGCAUGAUGAGACGAAGGGCUCAGCUGAGAAGGAGAAAGAGUCAAAAAACAAGUCACAAGAUUCGAGCGAAGGAAGGGAACUGGAUUUAGUCUCGCUAUCUAUUUCAAUGCCUCGAAGGGCUUAG